GUCAAGAUCAAUGGAACCUAACCUCAUGUGAUCACAUUUAAGUUCAUUGUCGGCAUGAUAUCACAAAAUUACUCCCUAAAUCAUUAUAUAUAACAAACUUUUCUUACACUAAAUACUCACCAAACAAGGGCUUGCCCUUCAUUCUUGGGACAUUUCUCUUCCCUCUACUGUCUUCCGGGCUCGGAUUUAAAAGGUCCCAAUGCAGGUUAAUUCGCUUUGCCGAGGGGCCCUUCUGGGCUUCUUCGUUUCCUUGUUAUUUGCAGCCAGCUUCUGCCAUGGGGAUGAUAAGACCAUAGAGGUUGUCGGGGAGGGAGAAUGUGCUGACUGCAAGGAGAAUAACAUUAAAACUAGUGAGGCAGUUUCAGGGCUUAGGGUAACCAUUGACUGCAAGCUUCAAAAUGGAGAAAUAAAAAGAGCGGGAGUUGGGGAGCUUGAUAAAGAAGGGAGAUUCAAGGUUUCGGUUCCUGAGGAGAUUGUUGAAGAUGGAAAACUAAAAGAGGAAUGUUAUGCACAGCUUCAUAGUGCAUCUGCAGCACCAUGUCCAGCUCACAAUGGCCUCGAGGACUCCAAGGUUGUCCUGAAGUCGAAAACCAAUGGAAAACACACCUUUGGCCCCAAUGGAAAUCUCAAAUUCUCCUCUGCAUUGUGCACUUCUGCUUUUUUGUGGCCAUUCUUUAAGUAUCCACCUUUGCCCAAAAUCCAUCCGUGGAAGAAACACUUCCCUAAGGCUUACUUUCCACCACUGAAAAACUUCGGCCACCCUUGGCCUCUUCCUCCAUUCCCACCAGUUCACACAAAACCACUUCCUCCUCCAUUUCCCAUUUACAAAAAGCCGCUUCCUCCGUUCCCACCAGUUUACACAAAACCACUUCCUCCCCCAGUUCCCAUUUACAAAAAGCCGCUUCCUCCACCCGUCCCCAUUUACAAACCAAAGCCACUUCCUCCCCCAGUUCCCAUUUACAAAAAGCCGCUUCCUCCGCCCGUCCCCAUUUACAAUCUUCCUCCCCCAGUUCCCAUUUACAAAAAGCCGCUUCCUCCAGUUCCCAUUUACAAAAAGCCGCUUCCUCCAUCCGUCCCCAUCUACAAACCAAAGCCACUUCCUCCCCCAGUUCCCAUUUACAAAAAGCCGCUUCCUCCACCCGUCCCCAUUUACAAACCAAAGCCACUUCCUCCCCCAGUUCCCAUUUACAAAAAGCCGCUUCCUCCGCCCGUCCCCAUUUACAAUCUUCCUCCCCCAAUUCCCAUUUACAAAAAGCCGAUUCCUCCACCCGUCCCCAUUUACAAACCAAAGCCACUUCCUCCCCCAGUUCCCAUUUACAAAAAGCCGCUUCCUCCGCCCGUCCCCAUUUACAAUCUUCCUCCCCCAGUUCCCAUUUACAAAAAGCCGCUUCCUCCACCCGUCCCCAUCUACAAACCAAAGCCACUUCCUCCCCCAGUUCCCAUUUACAAAAAGCCGCUUCCUCCACCCGUCCCCAUCUACAAACCAAAGCCACUUCCUCCCCCAAUUCCCAUUUACAAAAAGCCGAUUCCUCCACCCGUCCCCAUUUACAAACCAAAGCCACUUCCUCCCCCAGUUCCCAUUUACAAAAAGCCGCUUCCUCCACCCGUCCCCAUUUACAAACCAAAGCCACUUCCUCCACCUGUCCCUAUUUACAAGCCAAAGCCUCCAGUAAAGCCGCUUCCACCACCAGUUCCAAUCUACAAACCAAAGCCAAAGCCACCAGUUUACAAACCUCCGGUAGUAAAGCCUCUUCCACCACCAGUUCCUAUCUACAAACCAAAGCCAAAGCCACCGAUUUACAUACCUCCGAUAAUAAAGCCACUACCACCACCAGUUCCAACCUACAAGCCAAAGCCACCGGUUUACAUACCCCCGGUAGUAAAGCCACUACCACCACCAGUUCCAAUCUACAAGCCAAAGCCACCAAUUUACAUCCCUCCAAUAGUAAAGCCACUUCCACCUCCAAUUCCAAUCUACAAGCCAAAGCCACCAAUUUACAUUCCUCCAAUAGUAAAGCCACUUCCACCUCCAAUUCCAAUUUAUAAACCACUCCCACCAUUCUAUAAGAAACCCUGCCCUCCACUCCCCAACCUUCCUCCUUUCCAACAUCCUAAAUUUGGAUUCUUCCCUCCCUUCCCUCCUUUCAUUCCUCAACCAUAGAAGUUUGUUUCAUAUCGUUUACUUAAAAGGGUGAAAGCAAUUAAAAUUUCCAGUUAUAAAAUAAAAUCCCCAGGUUCAAAGUGAAAAAUAUUGUCAAGAAAAUAACGCUAGCAGCGUAGGAAGUGGAAAUUCCCCCAGAUUUAAUUGUUGUGUGAUUAGCAUGAAGUUCUCCUGUAUUGGUUUAUUCAAUAGGGUGGUGAUAAGAUCAAAUAUUUGUUAAUAAAAAAAAUUUCAAGAUCA